AUGCCGCCGCCUCGCCGCGGGCUUCUCACAUCCCUCCUCGGCCUCCGCUCCUUCUCCUCCAUUGCCUAUCCCCAUCCCCACACACCCGCGCCCCUGCGGCGCCACGAGUUCGUCGCCGACCCCACCACCUCCACAAGCCGUGGCGUCAUCGGGGGCAUCGGCGGCGGGAGCGGGAACCCCUUGGACCCGACGCAGCUCCUCCGCGACGACCCGGUGGCAAUCACCGCUUCCCUUUGGGUAUCCUCCUUCCGCGCCGCCGCCGCCGCCUCCACCUCCGGCUCCGGCUCUUGUACCCCCGCACCGCCGCAGUCACUCACCCCCUUCCUCUCGCGCCUGGAGCUGUGGGUGCUCGCCUACCAGAAGGCGUACGCCGACGAGACCGGCUCCUACCUGCCGCGCUCCUCCAUCCCGGCCUCCACGCUCGCCGCCCUCCUCACGCUCCGCAACGCCGUACUCGACGCUCGAUUCCGCUUCGGCAACCGCCUCACCCCCUUCCUCCAGUCCCCGCUCGCCACCAACGCGCCGGACCCCGCCACCCUCUCCAAGCGCAAGCUCCGCGCCCUCCUCACAACCCCCGGCCCACCGCCCUUCCAGGACCGCGUCGUGCAGGAGCUGCUCCUACUCCUGCUCGAGCCCGUCUACGAAGCCAGGUUCUCGCCAAAGUCCUUCGCCUUCCGCCCAGGUCGAUCCCCGCAUGCCGCGAUCCGCACCAUCCGCCGCAGCUUUGCGCCAUACCUCUGGUAUAUCAAGGGCGACCUCUCCCCACUCCUGCACUCGCCUGAUCCUGCGCUUGUGGUCGGUGCGCUUAUCCGUGAUGUGCGUGAUAAAAAGGUGGUGGAUUUGAUCCGUUCGGCGCUGCUCACCCCGGUGGUGACUGCAAGUGAUGAUGCUGCAGCGAAGAAGAAGAAGACGAAGAGGAAAUACCAGAAGAAGAAGGUGCUGCCAGAGGGGGAGCCGAAGCCUGACCCUUAUUGGUUGCAGACGUUCUUUGGGUUUGCACCAGAGGAGGCACAGACGCAGCCUGAUUGGGGCCAUUGUGGGGUGCUGAGCCCGUUGCUUGCCAAUGUGUGCCUGGAUGAGCUUGAUAAGUGGAUAGAAGAGAAGAUUAAGGAGUUUUACAAGCCAUCCAAGUCGGAUGUUGUGGGAGGGGAUGAUGGUAUUGAGCAGGGUAACACAUCAUGGCCGGAGUUUGUUCCCACUAGUGGCCCUGACAAGACAAGGAAGGUGGACUACAUUCGAUAUGGCGGGCAUUUCUUGAUCGGUGUUAGGGGGCCAAGAGCCGAUGCGGCUGUGCUCCGGAAGCAGCUAGUUGAGUUUUGUGAUCAGCGAUUCAGGAUCAAACUGGAUAAUGAGAACCUCCCUAUUGAGCACAUCACAAAAGGAGUCAUGUUCCUUGACCAUGUGCUGUGCCGUCGAGUUGUGUACCCAACGCUGCGUUACACUGCUACAGGAGGCAAGAUCAUUAGUGAGAAGGGAGUUGGUACACUGCUUUCGGUGACAGCUAGUCUGAAGCAGUGUAUCAAGCAGUUUCGGAAGCUCGAGUUUUUGAAAGGAGACCGUGAACCUGAUCCACAACCAUGCUUCCGUAUGUUCCACGCCACACAAGCUCACACAAAUUCUCAGAUGAAUAAGCUUUUACUGACGAUGGCAGAGUGGUAUCGCUAUGCUGAUAACCGCAAGAAAGUUGUCAACUUCUGCUCUUACAUUAUAAGGGGGUCCCUGGCAAAGUUAUAUGCUGCCAAGUACAAGCUGCGGUCAAGGGCAAAGGUCUAUAAGAUUGCGUCAAGAAAUCUUAGUCGGCCAUUGAAGGAUAAGAAAGGGCAGUCGCCAGAGUAUCACAAUUUGCUGAGAAUGGGCCUUGUGGAUUCGAUUGAUGGUCUUCAGUAUACAAGGAUGUCGAUGGUUCCUGAUCCUGAUUACACGCCAUUACCAAGUGGAUGGCAGCCAGACCAUGAGAAGAUUUUGCUGGAGUAUAUAAAGCUCACAGAUCAACAAACAUUGGAAGAGCAGCGAAACUGCAUUAGAGAGGAGGGGCUUAUAACACCACAGGACUAUAUUUCAAUGUUUGUAUGGGGCUACAAGAAAAAUGCUGUUUUACUUCCUUCAAAAGUGAGUGAUGCCCAAGGAUCCACAGAGGACCUGGGUUCAGAUACUGAUGGAUUGGAUGAAAAAGAGCUAGGAAAUGAGGGCAAUAAAAGUUUCCCAAAGCUUGCUGAAAUGUCAUGA